AUGGACAAAAAAGACAAGACAGACUAUACGACUUCCGAGAUGGAAGAUGAGCUUCUGGCCUCGAGCCAGGAAACAAUCGGAGGGUGUUCAGAUGAUGUUAGAGGCACUAGCAUCUCUGAGCAACCUUCAAAAACUGGAAGUGCAGGCGGAACCAGCGGUACCCCUGUACUUCGACCCGCAAUAAACCAAAUAAAUCCUUCGGGUAGCAGAGCCAGCCAAAGCCAUGCUACCCGGCGUAAGAGAAGAUCAGCAAGUUCGCAUCGGAGAGCGGAUUUCCAUAGGGCAUCCUUCAUUCUAAGCAAGAUUGCUUUAAAUGAGGAAGCUGGAACUCCGCACGAAAACGAUGCUGCUGAUAAGAUCAAAUAUGGGAAGAUUGUUGAGGAGUACAAUAAUCUUCUCAUUGAACCAAAAAAGUCCGUUAAGAGAAUUAGAUCACCUGAGGAAGCUAAUCCUCCUCAGAAAAAAUCUAAAGCAAACGGCACCAACAAGAAAGCACCAUCUCAGGGAGCGGCGCAAUCGCGCACUUUUAGUGAGAUUGUCAGAGACGAUCUUCAAGUGGCGGUUGUAGAUGAGCUCUCCACUGACAACAGAGCUCUGAUGUCGGUGUGGAACUCCAUCGAGGCUAAGCUUUCUGAGAUGGUCUUUCUAUAUACCCUAUCUGCAACUGAGGGACCCUACCCGAGUUUCGACUCUGGUGAGAUGCUUAGGGGAUACAGGGUAAUCAAGUGCGAGGAUGUGUUCUCUAGGGAUUUCCUUAGUAAAAGUGUAGCUGAGGUCAGCAACAAAUGGGAUGGCUUGAAGCUCAAGCUUAUCCCAGCUAAGGAAAUUCCAAGACAACCACUGGCUCGCAUUGGCUGCCCCUCAUGA